AUGGAAUUGAGUGAUAGUUGGGAAGAGGCCGUUGAAGAUAAGUUAGAGCUGGUUCCAAAAAGAAGGAAGGCUGCCCGAAGGGGUGUAGACAUUAAGAUCGAAAUGAUCCACAAGGUUCUGUGGCUUUUCAGAAAGAUAAUGUCUCCCGUUGAGAAGCCGAGUAUAAAGGAAAAGACUGACUUGUAUAUUGAUGAAAGGCUAAGAGAGUAUGUGGAUUCUAUGGAAGGUCUUGGGGAGGUGGACAAGACAGCUAUUCUAUUCAGGCUUCUGGUUUUAUUUGGGAUUCCAAGUAGGAUAUACAUAGUCUUGUCGGAAGAGCCCAGGUGCUUUAUUGAAAGCAAAAUCCUGGGAAGAAUCAAGGAGCACCAUGGGAAGUAUGCAGGCUGCGUUUUUUCUAUUGAUGCAGCCCUAAGGGUUAGGGACCAAUCGUACCACUUUUCGAAGUCUAUAAGGCGGCACUCUGCAUCAAAAUAUGUAGUCUCUGGGUUCUCUGAGUCCAAGAUAUGCAAGAGUGUGCUGGACAAGGAAAUGACCAAGUGCUUUGACGAGAUUGACGAUGAGAGGAUGGGUAAGAUUCCAAGCACCAUUGAGAAGAUGAAGAGGCAUCCUAAGUUUGUUGUUGAGUCUAUGCUGAAAUGGGAUCAGUGUAUCUACCCCAAAAGGCCGGUUUUUGGUAUCUUCCGAGGAGAAGCUGUGUACUCUCGAGAAAACAUAGUAAGGCUGAGAACAAAAGAGCAGCUUUACAAGGCGGGAAAGGAUGUCAGGUCUGCAAAGCCCUAUAGAAUAGUGAGAAGGGACAAGGAGAUCCGAUUGUAUGCGCCAUGGCAGACAUGUGAGCUGGUUGUCGAUGGAUUCAGUGAGUCUAUGUAUCAAGACUACUUCCAUCCGAACUUCAUACCGCGGAACUGUGUGUAUGUAGAUAACAAAAAUGCAAAGGAUGUUGCAUAUCUAAUUGGAAUUCCAUACAGGAUCUGUUUUCACGGGUUUUCUGGGGGAAUCCCUGUCAACAGAGGGAUAUUUGUAGAGAAGAAAAACCUCUACGUGCUUUCAAACUUCCUAUCGCAAUACUGUAAGUACGCUGAGAUGAAGGAGAAGAAUGAGUCCUUUGUAUUGGGACUGAAGAAGUGGAAGGUUUUGAUAAGAAAUGCAGCUAGGUACCUGAGAAUAAGAAAAGGGUUGGGAUUAAAGUGA